UUACCAUUUUUAACGUUUUGAUUGACAUAUUUAUGGGCAUAUUUUGAUAUUAAAUGUUAAUCUUAUUAUCAAAAAAUUAAACCAAUUUUAUCUUCUCCUAUAAAUAUCUUAAUUGAGGUGUGAAAAUUAAACAUUUGUUGAUUGAAAAAUGAAGUGUUUAGUUCUAUCGUUGUUGCUUUUUAUUGAUGUUUCGUUGGCAUCACCUUUGCCACAUCAUGACGGAAUAUUGGAAGAAAUUAAACAGAAUAUCGUCAUCGAAGAUCCUAAACAUCGAUGGUCAAUGGUUCCAGAUGCUGAAGGAAGAAUGCAUUUGAUUGAUUUAAAUCCUUACGAAAUGCCAGUCGAGCCUUUGUUCAAUGCUGCUGCUGACAUUCGUUUCAUUUUACACACGCGUUCAAAUCCAACAGCUGGCCAAGUCAUCCAAUUAGAAAACUUGGCAUCAUUACAAAACUCAAACUUCAAUCCAGCACAUGAGACGCGCAUAACAAUCCAUGGAUGGCUGGGAACAGCUGGUUCAACUGUUCAUGUUAACACAAGACCUCAAUACUUAGAAGUUGACAACUUUAAUUUGGUGACCGUUGAUUGGAGUGUUGGAGCUUCAAGUAUAAAUUAUAUCACUGCUAGAAAUCGAGUUGACGAUGCUGCUGCUGUCGUUGCAAGAUUCAUUGACUUCUGUCAUUUGCAUGGAUUUAUUCAAUUUCCUCGAGUUCACAUAAUCGGUCAUUCCUUGGGUGGUCAGAUGGCUGGAGUGGCAGGAAAAAGAGUUUCACGAGGAAGAGUUCAAGUCAUUACAGCGCUUGACCCAGCUGGUCCACUUUUCAGUCUCAACGACCCCGACAGACGAGUGGCACCAACUGAUGGCGUGUAUGUUGAAGUUAUUGUCACAAAUGGUGGCGUUUUAGGUUUCAUGGAUCCCAUUGGACAAGCAAACUUUUAUCCUAACUUUGGAGUGGCACAACCAGGAUGUGGUUCUGAUGCUUCCGGGCAAUGUGCACAUGAGAGAGUUAACGCUUUCUUUGCUGAAUCAAUUCGAACUGUUUUCACUGGACGACAAUGCGCUUCAUUUGCUGAGAUUGGUAACAAUCAAUGUACGCCAACUGGAGUGACAUCUCGAAUGGGUGGAGCAUUUGGAAGCGUUGGUGCUUCAGGAAUCUUCCAUCUUACAACUAACGCUAAUGCUCCCUUCUCAAUGGGAUAAAUUCAAUGAUUUAAUGAAGAAACUUAUCAUAAUUCUAUUUUUAUGUCUCUGUAAGCUUCCAACUGAUAAGAUAAAAGUUUCUCUCUGCUUGAGUUUCAAUUUUAAAGUGACAGAUAAAUAAUAAAAGAACAGGUGGAAAAAAUGAAAUGUUAAGUCAAACACUUCAA